CAGGAAUGUUUCCCAGGGAGGCUUUUCCAGGCUAUAGUACUCAGGGACAGGUAGGGAGCUUGUGUGCUUAUGUGGGGGACACACAGACCUGCACUGAGGUGCCCGGACAGGACCGUGGAUGGGAAAGGAAGAAACUGAAGCACUUAUGAGGGGGCCUAACACCCAGGAACUUCUGGCUGGCAGCACUGAAAACUGAUGAAGUCAGAGAGGUUGCUGACCCCAGCAGUCCUGUUGAGAAACCAUUAAGUCCAUUGCCAUGGAGACCAAAAACUCUGAAGACUGGGGGAAACCUCAGAGGAAAUCAGAGAGCAGCUCACGGAAAAGCAAUCAUGGCCCAGCUGAGAUGAGGCCUGCGUUACCUCCGGAGAACAGGGAGGCACCUGAGACUGGCGAGGAAACUCAAAACGAAGAACCCCGCCGCCUCAUCCCAAUCCAGAGGCAUUCCCUCUUCAAUCGUGCUGUGAGACACAGGCACAAGGCCAGGAGCACGUCUGAGCGGAGAGCCAGUGACCAAGCAGAUUUGCCAAAAAUGGGGAAAUCUGUAAAUGAACGGUCGGCCUUCAAUCUGCCCCAGGGGAGAUUGCCUCCCUGGAGAACACCAGCCCAGAGGGACACAGGAGCGCAGGAAGCCAGCGAGUCAUCCUCCACCCCUGGAAAUGGAACCACACCCGAGGAGUGCCCAGCCCUCACCGACAGCCCCACCACUCUCACGGAGGCCCUGCAGAUGAUCCAUCCCAUUCCCGCCGACUCCUGGAGAAACCUCAUUGAACAAAUAGGGCUCCUGUAUCAAGAGUAUAGAGACAAAUCGACUCUCCAAGAAAUUGAAACACGGAGGCAGCAGGAUGCAGAAAUCCAAGGCAACUCCGAUGGGUCCCAGGUUGGGGAAGACGCUGGAGAGGAGGAGGAGGAGGAGGAGGAGGGAGAGGAGGAGGAGCUGGCCAGCCCUCCUGAGAGGAGAGCUCUGCCUCAGAUCUGCCUGCUCAGCAACCCCCACUCCAGGUUCAACCUCUGGCAAGACCUUCCUGAGAUCCAGAGCAGUGGCGUGCUGGACAUUCUCCAGCCGGAGGAGAUCAGGCUGCAGGAGGCCAUGUUUGAGUUGGUUACCUCUGAGGCCUCCUACUAUAAGAGCCUGAACCUGCUGGUGUCGCACUUCAUGGAGAACGAGCGUCUGAAGAAGAUCCUGCAUCCAUCUGAGGCCCACAUCCUCUUUUCCAAUGUCCUGGAUGUCAUGGCUGUCAGUGAGCGGUUUUUGCUGGAGCUAGAGCACCGCAUGGAGGAGAACAUUGUUAUCUCGGAUGUGUGCGACAUCGUGUACCGUUACGCAGCUGAUCACUUCUCGGUCUAUAUCACUUACGUCAGUAACCAGACCUACCAGGAAAGGACAUACAAGCAGCUCCUACAGGAGAAGGCCGCUUUCCGGGAACUGAUCGCACAGUUGGAGCUGGACCCCAAAUGCAAGGGCCUGCCUUUCUCCUCCUUCCUCAUCUUGCCUUUCCAGAGGAUCACGAGACUCAAGCUGCUGGUCCAGAAUAUCCUGAAGAGAGUGGAGGAGAGGUCUGAACGUGAAGGCACCGCCUUGGAUGCCCACAAGGAGCUAGAAAUGGUGGUAAAGGCAUGCAAUGAGGGUGUCCGGAAGAUGAGCCGCACAGAACAGAUGAUCAGCAUUCAGAAGAAGAUGGAGUUCAAGAUCAAGUCGGUACCCAUCAUCUCACACUCCCGGUGGCUGCUGAAGCAGGGUGAGCUGCAGCAGAUGUCCGGCCCCAAGACCUCCCGCACCCUGCGGACCAAGAAGCUCUUCAGAGAAAUUUACCUCUUCCUCUUCAAUGACCUGCUGGUGAUCUGCCGGCAGAUCCCUGGAGACAAGUACCAGGUGUUUGAUUCGGCCCCAAGGGGCCUGCUUCGAGUGGAGGAGCUGGAGGACCAGGGUCAAACACUGGCUAAUGUGUUCAUCCUGCGGCUGCUGGAAAAUGCAGAUGACCGAGAGGCCACCUAUAUGCUGAAGGCAUCCUCCCAGAGCGAGAUGAAGCGCUGGAUGACCUCACUGGCCCCCAACAGGAGGACCAAGUUUGUAUCCUUCACAUCUCGGCUGUUGGACUGUCCCCAGGUCCAGUGUGUGCACCCGUAUGUGGCCCAGCAGCCUGAUGAACUGACGCUGGAACUGGCAGAUAUCCUGAACAUCCUGGAGAAGACAGAGGAUGGGUGGAUCUUUGGUGAGCGGCUGCAUGACCAGGAGAGAGGCUGGUUCCCCAGUUCCAUGACAGAGGAGAUCCUGAACCCCAAGAUCCGCUCCCAGAACCUCAAGGAAUGUUUCCGGGUACAUAAGAUGGAAGACCCUCAGCGCAGCCAGAAUAAGGACCGCAGGAAGCUGGGCAGCCGGAAUCGUCAAUGAACCUCCCCAGCUCAGGCACCUGAAGGGAAGGGUGUGGGCAGGGAUGGGGAGCAGGCCCGGCAGAGACGCCCGACAGAUUCAGAGGGCCUUAGGGAAGAAUGUCAGUGCCUUCUCAGGCAGCAGGAGUGGCUUCGGCCUGCUCUGUCCCUGCCCAUGCUGUGGAAGCUCUAGUGUCCUGGCCACUUGUUUGCUUGCACACUGGUGAAAAGCUAAGUACUUAGGCAGUAUUACACCACCUCCCUUCAGUCUCUCAGAGGUAGAAGAAGGCAGGCAUGCUCCAGAGACCUUCCGGUGACUGGAAGAGGCCCACACAAGGGUCCCUGGCAGCAGGCAGGUGGAAGGUAACCACUGUCAGGAUCCCCUGAACUGCACGUGUCCUUCCCUACUUUGGAAGCUGUUAAGAGUCUACCAGGCACACAGAUGGCCGCCCCUGCCCGAGGGAGUUUGAUGAGCAGUGGUGACCCUGCCUGCCCGUCCCCGUGCCUCUGCCAGCCUCUCUUGCACGGCCAAGCCCUGCCCUCAGCAGGCUUCCCAAAGCUUAGCUGAGGGUUCAUGCCACCUCUAGCUCCUUGAAGGGCUUGAUAUCACUUGUGUCUCCUGGCCCCUGAUGGAGCCCAGGCGUUUUGCAGAAUGAAUUGGUCACUGCAUCCUUUAUGGUCAUGGUUUUGAGAAAAGCAAAUAUCAUUUUUGGCUGCAUUAAAAGAAGCAUCCUAUAUAAAACAAGA